AUGCUUGCUCUGGAAACAAUAAGCACCUUAUAUCUUGAACCCGAUUGGGUACAUAUCUAUACCAAUGGUAGACUUUUGAAGGACACUGACAACGCAGGAGGAGGGGUUUGCAGCUAUCUGUUCUCUCUUUAUUUUUCAACUGGAAAUUUCACAACUGCCUUUGAUGGUGGGGUUGCUGCUAUUCGUGUAGCUCUAUCGCAGCUGCACUGUCAUCUGAACAGUUUUGUUAUGGCUGUUAUCUUUUGUGACUCAAAAGCGGAAAUUUUUGCUGUGAUUUCAAACACUACUCCUGUCUCCUUUAACAUCCUUGAGUGUAAAGAACUCCUACAGGGUCUGUUUGGGCUUUCUAAGGAAAUUGUUUUGCAGUGGAUCCCGGGACACUGCGGUGUAGCUGGUAAUGAGUUAGUAGACCAUCUUGCUAAGCAGGGAGCUUCUAUCCUACAGACAUCAAAGAAAGCUGUCCCUCUCACUAGUGCCAAGCGCCUAAUCAAGAAAAAGAUGAUGGAUCUCUCUUUAAACCAAUACACUUAG